AUGUUCGCUACAGCUACCUCCGGCACAACUGUUUUAAAUAUCGCUGUUGAGAGAGCUUUUGCGACAUAUUAUAUUAUGGAUUAUGAGGUUUAUCCAAGAAUCUACAUUUCUCUUGUUUUAAUCAUCGCAACCACCAUUCUCAAUGUUUGGGUCACCGUUGAUUUCACAUUCACGACUCUCGUUUUUGAGUCUCGAUCCAUUCCUUCACAAUUAUGCUGGGCUCUUUCUGAUCUAAUCAUGGCCAUGAACACAGUGGUCGUUUCGGGAGUCGGUUAUCGAGAUAUUGCGCCAUGGAGAAAUGAAGUAAAAAAAUAUGUGAAAAGUGUUUGGAUGGUAUUUAAAAGAAGUUCUCAAAACGGGAUGCGAUCUACAGAAAUCAGUUCAAUCUCGAUUGAUAAACCGAAAGAAACCGAGAUGUAUUUCAAUCAAUUAGUUGCUACUUGGCAA